AAUGAUAAGUACAAGAAGUCCGGCCUCAAGUUGUUUACUCCCAGUGUGGUACCGGUGAAAGAAUGUGCUGUUCCGCAAUGUCGUGAUCCGUGCAAAGAAGAUCGAUAAUCUUGGUGUUUUUCCUCUCCUGAUUUGUUUUUGUUUUUCACACAAACGAAAGAAAAAUUUAAAAAGAUGUCGCUAUGGAAUAGAUUACGUUUAGGUGUAUUAUGUUGUAUAAUAACACGAGCGACGUUGCUCCAUGCUUUAAACCAAACAGAUGAACUACCUCAUCGCGAAGAGAAUGGAGAUAUUUGGAGGUUUUUGGUGAAGAAUUGUGAUCAGGAUACGACUGUAAGUUGUUUAAAGAAGACUGUAUAUGAUUAUUUAGAUCAUACGAUGGAUUAUAAUGGAAGUAUUGAGAUAUUUUCUGGAGUUAAGUUGUUAAAGAAUAAUGCUUCUUAUGAUGCAUCGAAUGAGAUUGAGGAUUCUAGAGAGAUUAAAGAUUCGUUUGAAGAUAUAACGGAGGCAUUAAGAUCGAGAGCUGUUAAAUUCGCAAUGACUCAUGACAUAAUGCUGCCACUUCCUGAAACUUUAUUUGGUGGUGGUUCUAUUAAUAUAUCACCAAGAACAUUUGAAGGGGAUGGGGCAUUGAUAAAAUUAGACGCCGUUCCAGCUCAAGGAAGAAUAUUUUUUAAGAAAAUAAAAAAAUUCAUCACCAACCGUUUACUAUUUGCUCUCCUAGCAAUCGUGUUGGUCAUCAAAUUAGUAGCAGUCAAAUUCUUAUUUUUCCUUCCACUUGUUAUGGGAGUUGCAGCAGCAAAGAAACUUUUCCUUAAAAUCUUACUUUUCUUCUUUCCACUUUUAUCGCAUGUAUUUAAAUUAUGUCCGUAUUAUUCGCCGACCAAACUCCAUCAUCAUCAACACCACAUAUCACACAUUCAUCAUCUAUCUCAUCUUCAUUCGGAUCCUCAUGGAAUUGAAUUGGAUCAUCCACCUCCAGGAUAUGGACACGAUGCAGAAUUCGAACAUGAUCAUCACAAUCAUCACUCUGAUCACCAAUUUGAUUAUUAUGCUGAUGGUGCAUCUGGAGCUGAUUACCGAAGGAAGGUUUUUGAAAAAGGGAAGCCUGCCGAUGAUUCUUGGUUUGGAGGUCAAGGUCAAGCAUCCGUUAAAAGAGGAACUCGAGUAAAACCACUUACACCAGCGGAAAUCGAGAAUAUGAUUCGACAAGCCGAAAAGGAAGCUACUUUAAAAGCCCGGCUACAAGAAGAACAGAAACGCGUGGAAGCUGAUAACAAACGACUUCAAGAUCAAAUAAAACAAUUAAUGAAGGUUCAAGAAAAACUUCGACUGCAACAAACCAUUUUGAAAGAAAAUUCAAAACUAACUGCGGCUAAUAUAUUACACACAGCUAAUAUUAUACCACAAAACCAAUUGGUUCAUACAGUUGCUGCUCAAAUUCCACCACCUUACAUUCAACCACCAAUAGUUGGAGCAGUACCAGUUUAUCAAACUUCUUAUCAGAGCAAUCUUCAAGCUGUUACGGCUGCACCACCUACUACAAGCAGUACAAGUACAACAAAAUCACCUGUAUAUGAUGCGUUUUACAGCCCAAUUUUGGAAAAAAUCGAUAAAGUUCUUUUGGAUAUUGGGUUUAAUGAUGAACCUUGUAGGGAAAGAUUAAUUUGCAGCAUGUACAAGGAUCCUGUUAAAUUUAGUCCACACAGUAAUUUAAUAUCAGCGGAAUUAAGCAGGGAUGCUGAUGAAUUACAAAAGCCAACUGCAACAAAUCCAGCUGUUAUCAGAUUUUAUAAAUAUGUUCAAGCAGCAAGAGAUGGUCAAGACCAAAGAGAUUGUCUUCGAUUAUAUCCGUCUUGUGCCGUGAAUACUGAAUCUUAGUUUACCUAAUUUAUUCUAAAGAUACAAUUACCAGUAACUUAAUAUUUAAAAUAAUGUCAGUAAUUUAGAGAAUGUAUAGUUUUUCUGUAAAAAGAAACUUUUUCAGUCACAUUUUUCUCCAAAUAUUCCUAGAAUUUUUGCCGGUUACGUUUAAGACCUAAAUAAAAUGUAAAUACACAACUUAUUAAAACGUAGUGAAACUUUAGUUUGCUCAAACAGUACUCGUUAUAUUACAUUCUCCUGCUGCGCUUGGAAGCAGGAUUUGAGUUGAUCUAGUUUUCUCAUCUUAGAGUUUUAGUUUUACUUAUUUAAUAGUCGUUAAUCGUAAUUUUAAGUCACUCAAUCUAGUUUAGAAUGUGUGAUCGUUUCUGUUAAUUCACUUUAGUUAUUUAUCGUUG